AACCCAAAAAAAAUAAUAAUGAAGAAAUAGAAUGCCAAUAAUAGUGGCAAAAUAGAAAAUUACUCUGUUUUGCAGAUUGGAUUGAAAUAUUUACACCUGAAUUUCCAUUCUUUGCUGGAAAGAUUUCAAUUUUCUUGUGGAAAGAAUCUCAAAUCCCACAUAUUCUUGUUUUGAUAUAUUUUUUAUCUGUCUUCAAGCAAUCCUUUACAUUGAGGCUGCAAUUUCUAUAUAGGGUUUGAUUUUAUUGAUACUGUUGAUGACAUUGCAUUUUGGUUGUAAUGCAUUGUAAGGCCUAACAAUUUGCCUUUCAUUUGAGAGGAAAUUGGUUAGGGAUGGGGCAUGUGCUGUACAUUAUUGUUGCAUUUCCUUGCGCAGUUGGGGCUAUUGCCUUGGCAAUUUACCAUAUCUACUUGCACCUGUUAAAUUACACAGAACCUACUUAUCAGAGAUACACUGUUCGCAUUAUCUUCAUGGUUCCGGUUUAUGCAUUGAUGUCUUUCUUAUCCCUUGUUGCAACUGAGAACGCCGCAAUCUAUUUCAAUUCAAUUCGUGACAUAUAUGAAGCUUGGGUCAUAUAUAAUUUCCUUUCUUUGUGCCUGGAUUGGGUAGGUGGUCCAGGAGCUGUUGUGUUAAGUCUAAGUGGUCGUGUUCUGAAGCCAAGUUGGGCGCUAAUGACCUGCUGCUUCCUUCAUAUUCCACUUGAUGGUCGUUUCAUCCGAAGGUGCAAACAAGGGUGUUUACAAUUUGUCAUUCUCAAGCCUAUUCUAGUUGCCUUGACAAUUAUACUUUAUUCGAAAGGAAAAUACCAUGAUGGCAAUUUCAGUGCAGGACAAUCAUAUCUCUAUCUCACCAUUAUCUAUACAUUUUCCUACUCUACGGCACUGUAUGCUCUGUACUUGUUUUACGCUGCAUGUAGAGACCUGCUCCAGCCAUUUAAUCCUGUACCAAAGUUCAUCAUCAUUAAGUCUGUUGUAUUCUUGACUUAUUGGCAGGGUGUUAUGUUUUUUCUGGCGGCAAAGACCGGUCGCAUUAAAGAUGCAGAGGAAGCUGCUGAGUUACAGAAUUUUAUACUCUGUGUUGAAAUGCUCCUUGCAGCUAUGGGUCACUAUUAUGCAUUUCCAUACAAGGAGUAUUCUGAUGCAAACAUUGGCAUCUCUCGUGGCUUUUCAGAAAGCCUAGCACAUGCUCUCAUGAUAAAUGACUUCUACCACGACACAGUUCAUCAGUUUGCACCAACUUACCACGAUUAUGUACUCUAUAACCAUAAUGACUGCGAAGAGGGGGCAACAAAGUAUCGGACACGGACCUUUGUCCCUACUGGAAAAGAGAUGGAUAUGGUAAGAAAAAACAAGAAUGUGUUUGGAAUCAAGAUAGACGACUUCCGGCUAUCUGCUGGAUCUUCUGGCACUGGCAGCCCCUCUGCAUCACAUUAUAUUUCAAAUUCAGAGUCAAAGAACUCCUUACUUAUGGAAAGUAGUUCUGUCGGGAUUCCAUAUGAAAUGCCACUGAUUGACCUGGACUUUACUGGUGACUCGGAACAGGUACCCCAAGCUAAGGACAUGGAAAAAGGGUGACGAAAACAUCAUCCAACUUCUCGGGUGCUUAUACUGGUAUCUGAAAAUUUUAGUUGCGGGCACUUUUGAUGUAUCCCUUAUUCUUUAUAUCACUCAGCUUUCAAUUUUAAUUAGCUUUGUACAAUUAGCAUCUAGCUGUUCCUGAUAGAUGUAACUGUUACUGUCAGAUAGAUAUUUUCGUGUUUUGUAUUGACAGUAUUUGUAAUAAUUAUAUGAUUAUAUAGAAGCCUAUUUUACAUUGGCAUU